AUGAAGACGGUCAAAUCCCACUCCUCUUUCGUUUUCUGGCUGACAGCCACUGUCAUGAGGGUGGCCUCGACUGAAUUCACUUCCCCAGUCCAAAUCAUUACGGGGAAUUCCUUCUUUCAAGCUUCGGUCGCGAGCGUUGAAUUCUCUAACGGAACAUUAUACCAGUUUCGAAACGAAACAAUCAAGUCAUGGUCAGCGAAUACCCAAGAACAGGAUAUCGGAAUCCGUCUGCCGAUUCCGGACUCUGGUAUUGAUCUAAGGGUUGCCUUGCAUGCCUGGGCGGCAGAGGAACUCAGCAUCUCCCAGCACCCACACACCACUCGCACAACCACUUAUACCAACCUGUAUACAUCAUCGGUCCCAUACACAGACGGUAAUGUGAGUUUGGUAUCCCUUACUUUGUUCACCGGCAAUUGUGGCAACACUCAUGAUGCAUCACCAUCGGGGUUUUCGUACACUGACCCAAACCCAGGCCAUCCGACGAUUCGUGUGCCAAUUGGUUUCAAUGCUUUUGCUUGUGAGCGCGUUGAAUACGAGCUGACUUCUACCAAUAAUCUGGGAGGUGCUGUUCUGACGUUUUCCUCUGAAAACAUUGUUUUGGCUGCAUUCUUGCCCACCAGCCACAAUCCAGUUGUUGCCUACAACCCGUGUCGCAGUGCUAACGACGAUAGCAUUUGCGUUAUUCGUGGUGGAUCUGUGCGCUGUAUACAGGAAGAUUUUCUGUCGGCGCCACUACCAGCAGGAGAACCUCGUGGCCACGUGCGUAGUAGAAAAGCAAAACGUUUGGUUAGAGGAAGGCGUUCAAUAUCUCCAAAGAAGGAAAAUUCGGCUGCUCCACCGUCUCUCUCCCGAUUUCUACAAGCCCGACCAACCAACUUGAAACGCUCUGGCAUUCGUUGGUCCGGAAAGCACUUGUUUUUGCAAGCAACUCACAACAAAUUUGAAUACGACAUUGAUCGAGCAGCCAUGUUCAUGGGAAAUUCUGACGGCGGAGCUGUCCGGGUCGAUUCUGGUGUCAAUGGCGACGCUAUGCAAGCGUACUGGAUGGAACAUAGGUCACGGCGAGAAGCCGCCUUCGACGUUACGCGCAGCGAAAAUUCCACCAACGCAAAUAGCACCAGUUGGACUAUGCGCAAUUUGAAAGUUUAUGAUCGAGACCAGCAGUGGCUAUACCUUUCCAAAGAUCUGGAUAGUACAACUACAAUAGAGGUCCCUCCCAGCUAUCAAGCCUUUUCUUGUGAGAUUGUGGAUUUCACAGUCACCAGUGCAGCAAACGCUUCCGAGACUGCUAGUUGGGUAUUUCACAAUUUUGUAUUUGGAGCCUUUCUUGCAGAUGAUUAUGAUGCAUGCCAGAUCACAUUGUAUAACCCAUGCUCCGUUGCUGGCCAAGUGUGUUAUACAAAGGACGGAACAGUCCAGUGCCUCGAUAAUUCUUUGGGAGCGUAUUCCGCUGGCGUACAAGAAAAUAUUGCCUGUACAGAAUCAUCAAGCAAGCCGGAUGUGGGCAAAUCAUCACUCGAGUUUCAAGGAGAUGCUGCUUAUCUUCAAACACGAGCAGCGAGGAUCGACCUGCAUGGAUUAUUGAACGCUUACAGCUUCGCAGUGGAGGACAACGAUUCCCUUUUACUCAAUACUUCUGGAAAUGUUGGAAAUCAGCUGGCCGCAAGCUGGCUGGAAAACGACAAACAGCGCAGUAUCGUGUUUGCUUUUGAGAACGGCCAAGAGCUGGUUGCUGCUGAAAGCACUACCAAUAUUGAUUUUCGGUGGCGUCUCAAUGAGGUCAAAAUUGCCGAUGAAGCUGGUCGUUUUCAGUCAAGAAUUCUCAAAACUUCAGACUUUAAGGUUCCUCCCGGUUUCGACUUGUUUUACUGCGACUUUGUUGAGUUUCUGAUCAGUGACGGUGCCGACAGGGAAGCUUACAUCUACGCGGAAGAAUUUUUCCUUGGAGCGUACCUGGGACUGCGGUAUGAUGUGUGCACUUUGCGUGUCCAUAACCCAUGCGCCCCGGGGCAAACGUGCCGAGCGACUGACGGCCGAAUAAAAUGCUUGAACGAUGCAAUGGUGGCGACUGGACGGUAUGCUGGCAAUCAAAAGAGAAUCUGCCGACAAAACAACGAAAGUAAGGACACCACACGUCCUGAUCCAAGUAAUUAUCCCACCGAAAUUCCGUCGUCUGCUUGCGUUUUGCGGGCCUCUUGGUCUUUUUUCUUCGCGUUUUUACUCACUGGGUACCUUAUCAUCGCCUGCCUUGCCGUGUGA